UGGAAACCGUCCAAUCAGGCACGGAGCUGGAAUGAACAGGACGGCUUCCGGAUUUGGCGGGGUCUUUGUCUCUCCCUGCAGCUGGAGCUCCAGGUCGUGUCUUCACUGCUCUCUGUCUUCUUCUCCUAGAGGCCCAGCCUCUGUGGCCCUGUGUCCUGCAGGUAUUGGGAGAUCCACAGCUAAGACGCCAGGACCCCCUGGAAGCCUAGAAAUGGGGCCAUUGCAAUUUAGAGAUGUGGCCAUAGAAUUCUCUCUGGAGGAGUGGCAUUGCCUGGACAUGGCACAGCGGAAUUUAUAUAGGGAUGUGAUGUUAGAGAACUACAGAAACCUGGUCUUUCUUGGUAUUGUUGUCUCAAAGCCAGACCUCAUCACCCAUCUGGAGCAAGGAAAAAAACCUUCGACUAUGAAGAGACAUGAGAUGGUAGCCAACCCCUCAGUUUUGUGUUCUCAUUUUAACCAAGACCUUUGGCCAGAGCACAGCAUAAAAGAUUCUUUCCAAAAACUGAUACUGAGAAGACAUAAAAAAUGUGGACAUGAUAAUUUGCAGUUAAAAAAAGGCUGUGAAAGUGUGGAUAAGUGUAAAGUGCACAAAAGAGGUUAUAAUGGACUUAACCAAUGUUUGACAACUACCCAAAGCAAAAUGUUUCAAUGUGAUAAACAUGGGAAGGUCUUUCAUCAAUUUUCAAAUACAAACAGACAUAAGACAAGACAUACUGGAAAAAACCCUUUCAAAUUUACAGAAUGUAGCAAAGCUUUUAACAAGUCCUCAACCCUUACUACACAUAAGAAAAUUCAUACUGGAGAGAAACCCUAUAAAUGUAUAGAAUGUGGCAAAGCCUUCAACCGGUCCUCACACCUUACUACACAUAAGAUAAUUCAUACUGGAGAGAAACGGUACAAAUGUGAAGACUGUGGCAAAGCCUUUAACCGCUCCUCUAACCUUACUACACAUAAGAAAAUUCAUACUGGAGAGAAACCCUACAAAUGUGAAGAAUGUGGCAAGGCCUUUAAGCGCUCCUCUAUCCUUACUACACAUAAGAGAAUUCAUACUGGAGAGAAACCCUACAAAUGUGAAGAAUGUGGCAAAGUUUUUAAGUACCUUUCUUCCCUUUCUACACAUAAGAUAAUUCAUACUGGAGAGAAACCCUACAAAUGUGAAGAAUGUGGCAAAGCCUUCAAUUGGUCCUCACACCUUACUACACAUAAGAGAAUUCAUACUGGAGAGAAACCCUACAAAUGUGAAGAAUGUGGCAAAGGCUUUAAGUACUCCUCUACCCUUACUAAACAUAAAAUAAUCCAUACUGGAGAGAAACCCUACAAAUGUGAAGAAUGUGGUGAAGCCUUUAAGUACUUCUGUUCCCUUACUGCACAUAAGAUAAUUCAUACUGGAAAGAAACCUUACAAAUGUGAAGAAUGUGGCAAAGUGUUUAAGCACUCCUCUCCCCUUUCUAAACAUAAGAGAAUUCAUACUGGAGAGAAACCCUACAAAUGUGAAGAAUGUGGCAAAGCCUUCAGUCGGUCCUCUAUUCUUACUACACAUAAGAUAAUUCACACUGGAGAGAAACCCUACGAAUGUGAAGACUGUGGCAAAGCCUUUAACCGCUCCUCUAACCUUACUAAACACAAGAAAAUUCAUACUGGAGAGAAGCCUUACAAAUGUGAAGAAUGUGGCAAGGCCUUUCAGUGCUCCUCUAUUCUUACUACACAUAAGAGAAUUCAUACUGCAGAUAAACCCUACAAAUGUGAAGAAUGUGGCAAAGACUUUAAGUACUCCUCUACCCUUACUAGACAUAAGAGAAUUCAUACUGGAGAGAAACCCUACAAAUGUGAAGAAUGUGGCAAAGCUUUUAAUCAUCCCGCAACCCUUUUUUCACAUAAGAAAAUUCAUACUGGAGGGAAACCACACAAGUGCAAUAAAUGUGGCAAAGCCUUUAUUUCAUCCUCAAACCUUAGUAGACAUGAGAUAAUUCAUAUGGGAGGGAAUCCCUACAAAUGUGAAAAUGUGGCAAAGCCUUAGACACUCCUCUGCCCUUACUAGACAUAAGAUAAUUCAUACUGGAGAGAAACCCUAUGAGUUUGAUGAAUGUGGGAAAGCCUUUAACCAGCUAUCAACUUUUACUAAAUAUGAGAAUUUAUGGAACACAAACACUACAAAUAUAAAGAAUGUGACAAAGCUUUUAGGAAGUUCUCAACCCUUAUUACACAUAAUUCAUACUGGAUAGAAACCCUACAUCUGUGAAGAAUGUGGCAUAGCCUAUAACAAUUUUCAAUCAAUUCUUUUUUUUUUUUUGAGAUGAAGUUUCAUGCUUGUCACCCAAGCUGGAAUACAAUGUGAUGAUCUCGGAUCACUGAAACCUCUGCCUCCCGGGUUCAAGCCAUUUUCCUGCCUCAGCUUGUCUAGUAGAUGAGAUUAUGGGGGGUGGAGCCAAGAUGGCUGAAUAGGUACAGCUCCUGUCUACAGCUCCCAGCCUGAGUGACGCAGAAGAUGGGUGAUUUCUGCAUUUCCGUCUGACGUACCAGGUUCAUCUUACUAGGGAGUGCCAGACAGUGGCUGCAGGACAGUGGGUGCAGUGCACUGUGCAUGAGCCAAAGCAGGGCGAGGCAUUGCCUCACUCACGAAGCGCAAGGGGUCAGGGAGUUCCCUUUCCUAGUCAAAGAAAGGGGUGACAGAUGGCACCUGGAAAAUCGGGUCACUCCCACCCUAAUACUGCGCAAUUCCAAUGGGCUUAAAAAAUGGCACACCAGAUUAUAUCCUGCACCUGGCUCAGAGGGUCCUAUGCCCAUGGAGUCUCACUGAUUGCUAGCACAGCAGUCUGAGAUCAAACUGCAAGGCAGCAGCGAGGCUGGGGGAGGAGCACCUGCCAUUGCCCAGGCUUGCUUAGGUAAAGCAGCUGGGAAGCUAGAACUGGGUGGAGCCCACCACAGCUCGAGGAGGCCUGCCUGCCUCUGUAGGCUCCACCUCUGGGGGCAGGGCACAGACAAAAAGACAGCAGUAACCUCUGCAGACUUAAACGUCCCUGUCUGACAGCUUUGAAGAGAGUAGUGGUUCUCCCAGCACACAGCUGGAGAUCUGAGAACGGGCAGACUGCCUCCUCAAGUGGGUCUCUGACCCCUGAGCAGCCUAACUGGGAGGCACCCCCCAGUAGGGGCAGGCUGACACUUCACACGGCUGGGUACUCCUCACACAAAACUUCCAGAGGACCGAUCAGGCAGCAGCAUUUGCGGUUCAUAAAAAUCCGCUGUUCUACAGCCACUGAUGCUGAUACCCAGGCAAACAGGGUCUGGAGUGGACCUCUAGCAAACUCCAACAGACCUGCAGCUGAGGGUCCUGUCUGUUAGAAGGAAAACUAACGAACAGAAAGGACAUCCACACCAAAAACCCAUCUGUACAUCACCAUCAUCAAAGAACAAAAGUAGAUAAAACCACAAAGAUGGGGAAAAAACAGAGCAGAAAAACUGGAAACUCUAAAAAGCAGAGCACCUCUCCUCCUCCAAAGGAACGCAGUUCCCCACCAGCAACAGAACAAAGCUGGAUGGAGAAUGACUUUGAUGAGUUGAGAGAAGAAGGCUUCAGACAAUCAAACUACUCCGAGCUACAGGAGGAAAUUCAAACCAAAGGCAAAGAAGUUAAAAACUUUGAAAAAAAAUUAGACGAAUGUAUAAGUAGAAUAACCAAUGCAGAGAAAUGCUUAAAGGACCUGAUGGAGCUGAAAGCCAAGGCUCAAGAACUACGUGAAGAAUGCAGAAGCCUCAGGAGCCAAUGCGAUCAACUGGAAGAAAGGGUAUCAGUGAUUGAAGAUCAAAUGAAUGAGAUGAAGUGAGAAGGGAAGUUUAGAGAAAAAAAAUUAAAAAGAAACAAAGUCUCCAAGAAAUAUGGGACUAUGUGAAUAGACCAAAUCUACCUCUGAUUGGUGUACCUGAAAGUGAGGGGGAGAAUGGAACCAAGUUGGAAAACACUCUGCAGGAUAUUAUCCAGGAGAAAUUCCCCAAUCUAGCAAGGCAGGCCGACAUUCAGAUUCAGGAAAUACAGAGAACGCCACAAAGAUACUCCUCGAGAAGAGCAACUCCAAGACACAUAAUUGUCAGAUUCACCAAAGUUGAAAUGAAGGAAAAAAUGUUAAGGGCAGCCAGAGAGAAAGGUCGGGUUACCCACAAAGGGAAGCCCAUCAGACUAACAGCUGACCUCUUGGCAGAAACUCUAUAAGCCAGAAGAGAGUGGGGGCCAAUAUUCAACAUUCUUAAGGAAAAGAAUUUUCAACCCAGAAUUUCAUAUCCAGCCAAACCAAGCUUCAUAAGUGAAGGAGAAAUAAAACACUUUACAGACAAGCAAAUGCUGAGAGAUUUUGUCACCACCAGGCCUGCCCUAAAAGAGCUCCUGAAGGAAGCACUAAACAUGGAAAGGAACAACUGAUACCAGCUGCUGCAAAAUCAUGCCAAAAUGUAAAGACCAUCGAGACUAGGAAUAAACUGCAUGAACUAAUGAGCAAAAUAACCAGCUAACAUCAUAAUGACAGGAUCAAAUUCUCACAUAACAAUAUUAGCUUUAAAUGUAAAUGGGCUAAAUGCUCCAAUUAAAAGACACAGACUGGCAAAUUGGAUAAAGAGUCAAGACCCAUCAGUGUGCUGUAUUCAGGAAACCCAUCUCACGUGCAGAGACACACAUAGGCUCAAAAUAAAAGGAUGGAGGAAGAUCUACAAAGCAAAUGGAAAACAAAAAAAAAGGCAGGGGUUGCAAUCCUAGUCUCUGAUAAAACAGAAUUUAAACCAACAAAGAUCAAAAGAGACAAGGCCAUUACAUAAUGGUAAAUGGAUCAAUUCAACAAGAAGAGAUAACUAUCCUAAAUAUAUAUGCACCCAAUACAGGAGCACCCAGAUUCAUAAAGCAAGUCCUGAGUGACCUACAAAGAGACUUACACUCCCACACAAUAAUAAUGGGAGACUUUAACACCCCACUGUCAACAUUAGACAGAUCAAUGAGACAGAAAGUUAACAAGGAUAUCCAGGAAUUGAACACAGCUCUGCACCAAGCGGACCUAAUAGACAUCUACAGAACUCUCCACCCCAAAUUAACAGAAUAUACAUUUUUUUCAGCACCACACCACAUCUAUUCCAAAAUUGACCACAUAGUUGGAAGUAAAGCACUCCUCAGCAAA